AUGUUGGGCAGCGUUCUCCUCCCCACUAAGCCGCCUGGCCUGAGGAAGCACAAUACUUAUUCUAGCACCGUUGCGCCGCCCCUUCCCCCACGUCGAAACUCCUUGUCCACCACGCCCGCUGCCAAAACUGCCGCCAAAUCCACUCCCCUCCACGUCAAGACCGUCACUCUCUCAGGCGGCAUGGACACGCGCUACAACCGCCCCUCGUCCCCGCGAGGGAGCCGCUACUCCAACCCCGCCAGGUCGUCGACAGGCACCUUCUCCGACCCCUACUACUCCUCGUCUUAUUCGGGCUAUGGCCGUCCCAGCUCGCCGCGCUCCAGUGUCGCCCGCCUCGGAACUUCCCACACUUCCCACACUUCCCACCACACGCCCUACUACACGCCCACCACCUCGCACCCCUCGCACAUCACCACCGCCAAAUACGACUCGUACACGGGACGCCCGCGACGCAACACCAACGAUUUAUCCCGCCCCAACGUGAGUACCAGUGCCUUGCCGCAGACCUCGCUGCCCCUCCGCACACCCUACUCGUCACACACUCACACCGACCGCCCACGGAGCCCCCUGACUCCUUCCUACGCCAAAGGGCCUGAUACAUACAUCACUCCGGGCGCUUCAUCACGAGGCCACAAGAAGGUCUACAGCGUUGACGACACCAGCCACUUGACUAAGCUCGUAGCUGAGGUCCAGCCUUCGUCGCACCACCACCGGGACCAUGCAGACCGGGGCUACAGUCUCACAAGUGGCGGCCGCAGCUACCAUGACAGCAGCAAGCCCCCCUCGCGCCUUACCGACCUGAGCAACAGUGAUGGCUACUCCUACACCGAUCCAGCGAGCAUGUAUCGUGACACAGAGCCAGCCUGGCGGAGGCCACGUGCUGGUAGCUUGGAACGUAGCUCUCGCCCCACCAGCAUGAUCUCAGAUCGCCCCGCUCGUGCCUCUACCCGCGAACUUGGCCCUCCCCCAUCCACUCGUGGCUUCGAUAAGAUCAACAGUAUUCCGCGGCCUCACGGCAGGUCAUCGUCCAUCGAGCGGGCACGCGACAUCCCCAAGUACGAUCCCUACCCAGACACAAGCCUUGGACGAUCCUCUUCCACUCGCAAUUCUCGCACUCCUGCUGCUAUCCACCAAGAGCCCCGCCGAGACACCUAUCGCGACGACUACGAUCGCCAGAGCCGCGGUGUCGAGAACAAGCGUCACAGCACUGCCUUUGAGGACCGUGAGGUGACUACUCGUGGCUUCGGCAUUGCACCAGGCCCCCCAACCCUUGCACAUGAUCAUCAUGCAUUGGACCGACAGCCUCUAUACCCCCCGGCUGAGCCUCCUCGACCCAGACCACAGGAGCCCAGCAGCCAUUACUACCAGCCAGAGCGCGCUGAGGCACGCAUGCCCGAUCCUCGUGCCACUCGUGACAGGGAUAUUGGUGCACCCCAGGAUUAUGACAAGCGUCCUCGUGAGCGUGAGCGUGAAAGCCGAUCUGAGGAGAAAGGUAGCUUUGUGCAGACCGCGGCUGGCGCAGUGGCUGGUGUGGCAGCUACCCUGGCCGGUGCUGGUUACAUAAAGAACCGCGACAAGGACCGUGGUAGCGACCGAGACUCCUCAGGGGAGCGAGAGCGUGAGCGCCGGAAGGAAUACGAUGAGCGUGACCGGCGAGACCGGCCUGACGAGCGACGGGAGAGAAAGUCUGAAGGUCGUCGCAACUCCCUCCAGCCACAGCAGCCACCACCAGCUGCUGUCCCAGUCCCCGUUCCUGCCCCAGCUCCAGCUCCAGCACAGAUCGCAGCUCCCGACUAUCCUCCCAUCGAGCCCGAGCGCAAGCCCCGCGAACGUCGAUACGAAGACGACGACAGGGAGAAGGUACCCGCGGUACCCUCUCGCAAGCCACCUUCUUCUGAGGGUAGCGGCGAUGAGCGACCGCGUCACUAUGUCGACCGCGAUGCCGAACGCCGGAGGGAACCAGCACCCCAGGAAGCUACUCUGGACCCCGAUGAGGAAUACCGACGACGCGUCCAACAAGAAGCAGAGCGUGCUAGCCGAAGUACCCGUGACAGAGAUAGCGACUCUGACCGCGAGAAGAGCCGAAGGAGCAAGAAGGAUGAGCGUGACAGGUCUCGAGGCCCCGAAGAUCGCUCUCGCGCGUCUCCCCCCAGGGAUCGUCCCAUGAGCGUCUACGAUGGUGGCAUGGUACAGGAGCCUGAAACGCUUGACAGGGAAUCUACAAGCAAGAGCGUACAGAUCGUCGAACCUCCCAAGGAACCUGUUGCGCCUGUUAAGGGAAUCCUUCGCAAGCCUACUGAAAAGUUCCCUGAGGACCCUGAGCCCAUCCGCGAGGGAGUUGCACCACACAAGGACGCUCUAAAGGGCAAGGACAUUCCCGUCGGAGCCCGAUGGACAAGGAUUGAUCGCCGCCUCGUCAACCCUGAAGCCCUAGAGCAAGCCAAGGAACGUUUUGAGGAGCGAAUGGACUGCGUCAUUGUCCUGCGUGUCUUGACCAAGGAAGAAAUUCAGAAGCUCGCUGAUCGUACCAAGAAGAUUCGCGAGAGCAGAGAAGAGGAGUACGAUCAUGACCGACGCGAUCGAGACGACCGUGACAGGCGAAGCCACCGCUCCAAGGACGACAGGGAUGACGAAGACCGUGACAGCGACCGAGACCGAGACCGUCGUUACCAUGACCGUGAGCGACGUCGCCGCUAUGACGACGAGAGCGACUACGACGACCGCGAGCGAGAGCGAGAGCGUGAACGCGACAGGCCCAGGAAAGUUGAGAUCGACGACGGAAGGUGA